AUGUCCUCUGUCAACCCUCGCGCCUCUGGGCUCUGGUCCACCUCGUCCCGCAUGAGCUACGUCUCCGUGCCUGAUGAAGACAGUGAAGACGUCGAUAUUGAGGCCUUCGCGGAGCCUGGAGAUGGGAGGACCGCGUUGGAUAGGACCAUAGAUCGCAUUGGCAUGGUGCCAGGCUCCUACCAAUGGACGCUCUUGUGCCUCUGUGGAUUCGGCUGGAUGGCGGACAAUAUGUGGAUACAAGCAGUAGCCAUCAUUCUCCCCCGCGUUCAGCGGCACUUCUCUGUGGGGGACAGUUAUGUUGGAACGCUAUCUGCAGCCAUGUUCGCUGGUAUGAUGUUUGGGGCAGUAGGCUGGGGAACCUGUUCCGAUCUCAUGGGACGCACGGCCGCGUUCAACGCCACGCUUUUCUUGACGUCAGUGUUCGGGGUGUUCGCGUCAUUCGUCGGCACGUUUGCGUGGUUGUGCUUUGCUCUCUUCCUCCUGGGCAGCGCGGUUGGGGGUUCUAUGCCUACUGACGGCACCCUCCUUCUGGAGCACAUGCCGAAUGGCAAGCAGUACCUCGUGACCGCGUUAUCAGUGUUCUUCUCCUUCGGCGCGGUUUUUGCGGCCGUCAUCAGUCUCAUCCUCAUACCCAGUCGAUCAUGCCCUCCAGCACCAGCACCUUGCGAUGUCAAUACCCAAAACACCGGCUGGCAAUAUGUUCUCAUAGCGCUUGGGCUCGUAACACUGAGCAUGUUCAUUGCACGAAUCCUAUUCUUCCGUCUUCACGAGUCACCUCGGUACCUCGUGCAUGCCGGACGCCCACAAGAAGCGAUCGAGUCGUUGCAGAUGAUCUCCAAGUUCAAUGGCUCUGAACUUGAGCUCGAUCUAGAUGACAUCGAAGACACGGUCGUGCACGCCCAGCCUGAACAAUCCACCCUUGCCUCUCCCCUACACUCUCCACCGGGUGCUUUGAAGGCGGUGGAGACCAGAGACGACGAAGCAUUGCGGGACGCCACUCCAGUCUCCGGUGCGACAUAUUCCUCCACAGGGUCGCCUGACGUCGCCCUCGAUUCGCACUCGUUCGGAACCCCAUUGCCUCAGCCCUUGCCACCCCCUGCGUUCGUCUCAACUCCCACCGGGCUUGCGCCGCCAGCCCUCUUCCACCUUCCGCCGAGGUCCCCCCUCUCACGACGCCAGUCCACCGCGUCGACCUACAUCGAGUCGAAGACCGGGCCCAUCUGUAAGGCUCUGCCGUCGUGGAUGCGCCGCCCGCUCCUCGCAUGGAUCGACCGCGUUGCAAUGGUGCUCGCGCCGGAGUGGCUGCGGACGACGGUGCUCGUGUGGACUGCAUGGUGUGGCAUGUCGCUCGCGUACACGAUGUUCAACGUGUUCCUCCCCAAGCUGCUCGAGACACGGGGAUCGUCGAACAGCCCAGACGCGACGCCGAAGUCGCUGGAGGAUAGUCUUUGGGACGUCGUAAUAUAUUCACUGGGAGGGUGUCCCGGGGCGAUACUCGGAGCGUGGUUGAUCGACUCGCGCUUGGGACGUCGGUGGUCUCUUGCGGGCAGCACCUUCGUCACUGCGCUGUUUUGCUCCAUGUUUGUCGUCGUGGAGCACCCAUGGCUCGUGCGUGCCAGCACCGUGGGGAUCAGUUUGAGUGCUACGGCGAUGUGGGCGGUGUUGUAUGGAUGGACUCCCGAAAUCUUCGGGACAAAAGUACGAGGAACUGCAUGUGGUAUCGCCUCUGCCCUCUCUCGAAUAGGAGGGAUGAUUGCACCUAUCCUUGGAGGUUUGCUCCUCACGAUGGACCACUCGUUCCCUGUGUACACGAGUAUUGUCGUCUUCAUACUCUCGGGUAUAUGCGUGCUGCUGCUAGAAGAAAAUGAGGGACAGCGAGGAUCUGUUAGGACGAUGGCGCAUUGA